GAGUGAUUUUGGGUCACUCCACCCGAACACCGUGCUCUGAUGAACAUCAGGCAUGGGGAGGAGCUGGUUGGUUGGGGCUACAGGAAUCCUGCUGCUGUUGGGCCGCCUUGAAGCCUUGAAGACCAUCUCAUACUCACCCCUUCUGCCCCAUACAGGCGCUGGUGGGAUGGAGCCAGAGACCUGCAGCCCCUUAGGUGAUUUCCCCCCACCGGCUCUCCUACCAAACAUCUCUUCAGCUCAGGAAGGCAAUUUGGUUCUCGCCCGCUGCCUGGUUUUCUCCCAUCUCCCCGUCACCCACAUCUUCUUCUGCAAGAACGGGGUGGUGCUGGAGAACCACCCCGUGGGUCCCACGCAGUUUGCUGCCACGCUCACCAUCCAGCUUUCUGCAGAGAGCAGCGGAACCUACUGCUGUGGGUACCGACGGCGGAGCAACAUCGGGCACAUCAAGAUCUCAAGUUUGAGCAUCCCAUGGCUCCUGACCACCAGAGGUAGGAAGGGUGAGCUGAGGAACAGCAGCAGUACCACCACCCCGGAGCUGCCAGCUGAAGGGCUGGGAAUCUCACUCAGCCUGGCCCUCAUGGUCGUCUUCCUCCUGGUUCUGGCUUUGAGCAUCCACCUCUUCCUGCAGGCAGCUACGCAGGUAUGGGCCAACAGAAGACAUUCACACAUCCAUUGCCACAUCCUGCUUGCAGGAAAGCGAGUCCAGCUGGCCAGCUUGAAGCACUGCAUCCAUCCCCCAGUGGAAGAGCCCAGCGUUUCACAAAGGAAAAGUCCUCCAGGGUCUCUUGCAUCUGGAUGACUUCUCGUUGGGCCACAGUCGUAGCUCCUGGCUAUGAAGAUUGCAGCCCCCAGUGGACAUGGCAGGGGGAAUUGGCCCCAGACAGCAUCCCUUUGGCUCAACACCACCUGCUCUGCGUAGGCAAGCACCAACAGCACCUCUCCAGAUUUUCCGUUGCCAUAACGAUAGCCCUUGGCCCUGGAAGUCCGUUAAUUAAUUAAAAAGAUGCUUUUCUCUCUGAAAA